UUACCAGUCACGCUUUCAACCGGGGCAGGGAAAGGUGUAUGGAACACUUUAGUAAAACAAUAAUUACACAGCAAAACGAAAAUAGAGAAAACGAGUUACGCGUAAAUACAGGAAACACGAGGAAGUGGCCCACCUAAUAGAGGUUGAUAACGACUGAUAUUUGUUAUAUCACAUAUAGCACUAUGCGUGUGGGAAUGCAUGUGCUGGGUGUGAUGACUGUGAUCUUGGUGGUGUUUCAGAACCGCGCGUGGGGCAGGAAAGCGACCAAGAGCGUGUACGAGGAGCGGACCGCCAUGAGCAGCCUCAGCCUGGUGGUGGCGAGGGAGAUCCUACAGCGCAUGGAGGAGACGCCCAUGUUGCUACGCUUGGCCAGGGACUCCAUGGCUUCCCAGGUGACAGCUUUGGCUAGGGAUUCGCUCAAGCUCGGACUUAUGGCUUAUAUGGGUUACCAGGGAGAAGACCAGUGCCUGGAGAGGACAGCCUGUGAAGCUGGCGAACUCCUGAGGUCCUUCACCACGGGCGCCGCCUUCAUGUUCAGUGCCAUAGACUACGUCGCCCCUUUCCCCCUGCGCCGGUACAUCACCGUGGCAAGGGACGCAGCAGAAGGUCAUAGUUGCCUCUCUUACAGAUGCGGCGCUCGACCUCACCGAGAGCUAGGAGGGACAGACGAAUGAACGGUGAACCCAUGAGUUUUCGCUACCAGAUCUUAAGUUUAGUUCCACUGUAGUGCUAGCCAGAGCCACCCAGUGUCUCUGCAGUGCUAUCAGAAUCAGCCUAUCUCUUCUGUAGUGCUACUAGAACCAGUCAUUGUCUCGACAGUGUUACCAGAACCGUAUGGCUCCUCUGUAGUCCCACCUGAAUCACCCAAUGUCUCGGCAGUGUUACCGGAAGCGCAUAGCUCCUCUGCAGUGCUACCAGAACCACCCCAGUACCCUUGCUAAUUUCUUGCCUCCUAAAAUCUUCAGCCCCAAACAUUAUCAAUUGCUACUACUUCUGUUACAUCACGUGACUGUUCUGCAUGUGAACACUAUUUUUUUGUAUGUAUUUUUUUUUUAUCAAUGUUGUGUAGUAUAUAUCUCUUGAAGAUUUUAAACAAAUUUUACCUGUGUUUACUGUAGUUACGGGAUUAUUUUAAAUAGAUGAAGACUGAGGCUUUUUUAAGCCUUUGAUCUUGGGACUAAAUAACAUAAAAUUACUAAGAAUAUGAAAUUGGUCCCCUUAUAUUAGGCAUAAUCAUCGUACAAGUGCGUUACCUUCAUACCAGUGAAAAGGGAUUUAAUAAAUUUUAAAAAACUA